AAGUUAUAAUUUUUUUUAGUGGAUCUUUGAUAAACACUGGAGACGGUGUGAUAUUUGAAGUCUGUACAACAUAUGAUAAUGUAGCGUUAAUGUUGGCACAGGUAAUAGGAUGGCAGUGGUACAGCUAAUGAUCUAUACAUAUUGUGUAUUCUAGGUAACUAACAUAUAAAGUUAUGUAUUUAGAAAUAAAUUUCUUGGAUUAUUCUGGCAUACUUUUUGUUUUAGCUACAGUGUAUGCUUCAUAUUUUCAGCACAAUCAGAUUUAUCCAAGAAUUUAACAUUUUGUUAAGCCAGAUUUUUUAGCAUUUGGUAGAUCGAGACUUAAUGUGCUAAUGGGAUCCCAAAAAUUCAGAUAUGAUAAACUCAAUAAUGGGAUAAAGCUGCAAUAUAAUGAACAUAAUUAAUUUAUGCGUAGCAAACAAACAAAAUAUAUGCACACACAUUAAUACACACAUAUAUAUAUAUAUAUAUGGGGUAGAGUAGCUUUCUAUGUAAAGGGUAGCAUGUCAUAUAUCACUUUUUUAGCUUGUAAAUGUCACAGCACCAAUCAAUUUCUUGGAGGCAAAUGCUACAUAUCUCUCCAUUCUCCUCACAUAAUGUGCAUUGGGUUGUAUCAGGAGAUGAGUCACAGCAGCAUUGAUACAUUACUCCUGGGAUACUCUCAGCCUCUGUUAGCCAGCAGAGCAGGGACACAGCGACCUGGAGAACCUGCUGGUGAUUUCUGGGAUAACUGCUUGUAAUGUGUGAGAGAACUGCGAGGCUUUCCACAUUGUAGAGAUUUUUUUUCAUGAGCUAUUACUCAAUGUAUGUGUACCAUACAAUAUGGAUAAUGAAACAGCAAAGAUGGCUCAUGGACUUCAUUAGAAGGCAGCCUCUGGAAGGUGUGCUCUGUAAAUACACCAAUGUGAUGAAAGGCUGGCAAUUCCGCUGGUUUGUGCUGGUGCCAGAGACGGGAAUGUUGGAGUAUUAUGAGAAAGAAGAACACAAAAAAGUGCAAAGACCGAGAGGAAGUGUGCAUUUAGCGGGUGCAGUGAUUUCCCCUUCAGAUGAAGACUCACAGACAUUUAAUGUGAAUGCUGCAAAUACAGAAAUAUAUAGGUUACGUGCUUCAGAUGCAAAGGAAAGAGUUCACUGGGUGAACAGGUUGAGGGCUGUAGCAGAAUAUCACAGUAAUAACAUAGCACAGAAUGCGCCACCAAUCUACAGACACGAAUCUAGAACACAUUCCUUUGCUCAAGAAACACUGCCUUCUGUAAACAAAAGGCCAAGUUCUUAUGGAGAUUUAUAUGACAAUCAGCCCUCCACCACAGUGACUGUCAGAUCACAUCAUAAGACUGUGACUACUGUCCCCUCGCCAGAUCCUCUACACAACGUGAAGGAGGUGUUGUCUCAGGUCACAGAUCACGAAGAAGAACUGGUGGACAAAAUGGAGGAACUUCCCAGCUCAGGUCACUUUCUGAACUCUCUGGAUAAGGAAAUCCUGUUAUUAAAAGCCACCUCAAAAGCUACAGUUCUAUGCUUGGAGCAGUGUAUGAACAUGUUACAACAACAAGCUAGUGGAGUCCACGCGGGCAGAGGAUUGGACUGGUCUCCCAAUAUGAAGUCCAGGUCCAGCACCAGAAGCAGCUCUGUGUCGUCUAUCAUCAAAGAGAACCUGCUACCUCUAGAGCAGCAAAGUAUAACAGUCCCAGUCAACCAUGAUGACGAUGUAUCAGAUGAACAUGGCUACACGGACACAGACCUGGGAGGAGUGGAGGAACAUAAAAGUGUCAUUCUACAUUUAUUAUCACAGUUGAAGUUGGGAAUGGAUCUUACUCGGGUGGUGCUGCCGACAUUUAUUUUAGAAAAGAGGUCAUUAUUAGAAAUGUUUGCAGACUGUAUGGCUCAUCCAGAUAUAUUUGCAAAAAUUCCAGACUGCACAGAUCCAGAAAGUCGAAUGCUCCAAGUGGUGGAGUGGUACCUGACCUCAUUCCACGCUGCACGCCAGGGUUCAGUUGCUAAGAAACCGUACAAUCCAAUCAUUGGAGAAACAUUUCACUGUUCCUGGGACAUCCCACAGACGCUGGGGGAUGACACACAAUCUGACAAUAUAAGAUUGACAUACUGUGCUGAGCAGGUGUCUCAUCAUCCUCCUAUUUCAGCAUUUUAUUUUGAAUGUCCAAAGAAAAAUAUGUAUGUGAACGCCUCCAUUUGGACCAAGUCCAAGUUUAUGGGAAUGUCUAUAGGUGUAGUUAUGGUAGGAAAAGUGACUUUAUCUCUGGUAGAACACAAUGAGGACUAUGUGUUUAGCCUGCCGAGUGCCUAUGCCAGGUCCAUUCUGACCUAUCCCUGGGUGGAGCUUGGUGAUAGAGUGACUAUCACAUGUCAGCAGACUGGAUAUGCAGCUGCUAUAGUGUUUCAUACUAAGCCCUUUUAUGGUGGCAAACUGCAUCGAGUUUCAGCUGAAGUAAAGAACCCAGAGGGCACUGUGAUAUGUAAAGUAAAUGGGGACUGGAAUGGGACUAUGGAGUUCACCAAUACCUCAGCUGGCACCAGUAAGGUUAUAGAUGUUAGUAAGCUGGAGAUCAAGAGAAAGAAGGUGCGACCCAUGAGCAAACUGGGAGAUUUUGAAUCCAGGAAAUUAUGGCAGCAUGUCACCAAUGCUUUGAAGUUAGGGGAUAUUGAGACUGCCACGGAACACAAAAGAUUUCUGGAAGAGAGACAAAGAGAAGGUGAGAAAUACAGAAAGGAGACUAAUACCCCAUUUGCAGCAAAGUAUUUCAACAAAGAGGGAGAUGUGUGGGUGUAUAAAAAGACUUUGAAGAAGUAACAGAUAAAAGCUACAUCCAAAGUAUACCAAGCCAGGCUCCUUGGUAUAAAGCACCUGCUGUGGUGCUGCUGGUGCUGACAUCUGUUGGUGGAAUAGAAAAUCAAUCUCAGCAAGGGUAUGCCAUCAUGUCCUCUGUGGUAAAAGGAUGAGAUGGUGUAUGUGGCAAGCAAGCCUAUUUAUUUACUUCAGGUCCAUAUUGUACGUGCACAGUGAAGUAUAGAAUUAUCAAGUGUUACAUGUUAUGUGAAUUUUACAGAUACCACAGUUGUUUAAGAUUAUGAAAAAUGCCAAAUAAAUGAGGAAGUGAUGUUUGUUAUAUUUUAUGUACAUUGCUAAAAAUAAUUUAUAUUUUUCCAUAAACACCCUAAAGACCACAGCUAAUAAAAAGCUGCUGGCAUAGGAUUAGACAUACAUUGAAGAUUACCGAGAGUUUGUAUGUAGAAAUGAUAGCAAAUGUUGUCACAUUGUGCUAAAGUUUAGAGACUGAAGACACUCCUGAUGUAUAUGUAGAACUAUUAUGCCCAUAAAGCAUCACAGUAUGUUUCAAUAUAUGUACAUAGUAGACAAAAAAGUGCCACUUAGCAAUUGCAUUCAAUCAAUUUCUUGGUACCAUUUUCUGCAUUAAACCAAUUCUCUGGGGGAUCUAAAAUAUUUACAAGCAACUGAUUACAUGUGCUGCUGAAGUAGCUUGCUGAAUAUUUAAAAUAGGUUAUUGGGAGCAGAACACAUGAUACUGUUGCAAGUAAUGGCCUUUACCCUUGUGCUUGUGUACUGUGAGACAAACUGAUUAAGAAAGGAAAAGCAGUUUGAUUUUGGGAAAGAAAUGUACAAACUGUAAGCCUUUUGGGAUAUAAGGAUUCAAGUGAGUGACUUGUUAUAUCAAAAUAUAUGAUUGAGGGAGAUUCAAAUAUGCCUUCAUCUCUGUUCUAGCUACAGGAUCUAUAUCUCACCAGAUGUGGCAUGGGUAGUUAGUAUCACAGGUCAAACACAUAGCUGAUGUAGUGCAGUGGUUCACAGUAUAGGCAUAUCAUGGGAUGUAGGUUUCCCAACUUCCCUUUCAUGUUAAAUAUUCAGUCUUGUAACACAAGAUUAUGCUAAAUCAAAAUUGUUCUUUUUUUUUAAGUCUUGAAUAUGUGCAACACAUUAUAUUUAAGUUCAGUACUUGAAGCACACCAUUUUUUUUCAUUGGGGGGAGGGGGGAAUACUGGAAACUCACCUCUGUUAUAAAUAGAUACAUGCAGAGACAGUAUCAGAGAGCUUGGAUAGAGGCAAGUCACUUCCAGUUCUUUGAAACUCUGGGUGAGGUGGAGAGCAAAAUUCUUAGUACGUAAUGUCUCUUGUACCUUUUUAGUAAAUAAUGAAGCUCGUCAUAGGUAACUGUGAAACAUGCUAUUUCUUGUAAUAACAUAUUUGUAGAAUAUAAUUAGUAUCCUUGGGGGGAUAUAAAAUACCUGUUAGUUCAGUAGCACUAGUAUCAGACUAAAUAGAGCUCCUGGCUGAAAUAUUAUUAAUGUCAGUUACUGAACUGUUUGGAUGUGGGGGGGGGGAUGCUUUGUGUAUAAAUGUGCAAUAAUGUGUGCAUGCUAGUGUAGAAGUUAUAUUAAAGCAAUAACAGUUGACAUAAAUGGACAAAGAAAGAGGUGAUCAAAUUAUUAAGUUUCUGCAAAAUA